AUGUCUCAGGCCGCGGCCUCCCAGUCGAGAUACAGCAGAUCUGGAGACUACAGCCAUAGCCGCACCCAGCCCGGAGCCAUCAAGGUAGUGAUCGGGAGCAGCCUCAAGGAGAAUGUGAAGUGCGUGGAUCCGCCAGGACCAGUUGACUGCCCACGGAACUUGAUGCUCAAAGACCACAGCGGCCAGUAUCCCGACGAGUUCCACAUCUAUCACCAUGCCGGGCAGAUCUGCGCGCGGCGCACGGACACGGGGGCCGGCUGGGGCAUCAACGUGGCAGUGGUGUGCCGAAAGACGUCGAGCUUUGCGGGCCACUACGCGCAGAACAAAGGCGAGAUCGUGUUCGGGAGCAACUUGGACUCCGCUACGAAGUGCGUGGACGAUCCGGGCCACGUGCACUGUGACGACACUGCCGAGCAAAAGGGCCGUACUGGAGAGUACCCGGACAGCUUCCACAUCUACCAUAACGGCGGCCAGAUCUGUGCCCAUCGCACCGAUGCCAACGCCGGCUGGGGCCUUCACCUUGUCAUCCAGUGCAGGGUCCACGGCCACGGUGGCGGCCACUUCGGAGGAGGCGGAAGCUUCGGUGGAAGCAGCUCCUCCCCCUCAGGUGAGGUCGUCUUCGGGAGCAAUCCAGACUCUGCCACUAAGUGUGUAGCCGAUCCCGGUCACGUGCAUUGUGACGACAGCGCGGAGCAGAAGGGACGUAAUGGGGAGUAUCCGGACACCUUCCAUAUCUACCAUGACGGUUCCCAGCAGAUCUGUGCCCAUCGCACCGACGCCAACGCCGGCUGGGGCCUUCACCUUGUCAUCCAGUGCAGGGUCCAUGGCCACCAUGGUGGCGGCCAUUUUGGCGGAGGCGCAAGUUCUGGAGGUACGGAGGUGACCAUCGGGGAGAGCCCAGACUCAUCCGUGAAGUGCGUUGCCAGCCAGCCAGGUGUUUACUGCGACGACACGGCGGAGCAGGUGGGACGAACCGGUCAGUGGCCCGAUACUUUCCACAUCUACGAGGAGAACAAUCAGAUCUGUGCCAAGCGCACGGAUGCUGAUGCCGGAUGGGGAUUGAACCUGGUCCUCCACUGCAAGAGCUACGACGCAGGCAUGGGGGAAUACUACAGGACAUCGAAGAUACGAUACUGCUGCAAGCACGAGCUCUUCUCGAGAGCCUGCCCCUAUGACUGCUCUGCCAUUCCUCAGAUUUCCUCCGAGAAGCGUCGUGGCUGGUGCUGCAGGAAUCGCGCCAUGCACUGCCAUGCGAAUGAGCGGCCGCCCCCGGCGCAGACGGGCCCCAGCGGCCCGGUCGACUGCUCGGAACCCGACACCACGGAGUCGCACGCGCCUCUGCCAGACCAGCAGGGCGGAGGAGGAUGGAAUCCCUCGGCCGUUGGGGGACAUCCGCGUUACGAUUGCCUCACCGGGACGAAGGAGAUGUGGUCGCAAGACAAGGCGCAGUACUGCAGGCUCUGGCUCGCUGCCUUCAACAGCAACGAGGCGCUUUUCGACUGCAGUGACGGGGUUGAGUCGAGUUGGUCCGUGGCGAAGAUCCGCUGGUGCUCAACGCACAGCACCGGCCCUCACGAGUGCGACCGCAAGAAGUCCGAUGAGUGGGAUCAUCGGGAGAGGGACUUCUGCUGCAUUGUGAAAGGUAUCGGCUGUCCGAAGCAGGCGGCCGCACCACUGGAGUACGGACACCGGUUCGGUGGCAACGCCGGCCGAAACAGCUGGGAGAAUGCCGCAAGCCUCGACAUCAUCGAUACGCCCUCCACAAAGCCGGCGCCAGGCAUCGUGCCUCACAAGCUGCACUUCGACUGCCUGGCAAAAGACCGCGAGGAUUGGUCGGAGACGCAGAAGCGCUGGUGCUGCUCGAAGUGGGGUCUCUACUGCGAGGAGCUGGGUGCUUUCAACUGCUCCAGUGGGUUCUGGAACUGGAGGAAGGGAUGGUCCUCGCACAAGAAGGACUACUGCUGCAAGAAGGAGGGCAAGGGCUGCGAAGACAAGACGUACGACUGCACCCAGGAGAGCACGGCGACCAACAAGGAGUCACGAGAAUGGUGCUGCGAAAAUCACCUGUACUCGAAAGCCUGUCCUUUCGACUGCCACGCAGGGCUGGACAAAUGGGUUGUUGGCUUCGCACCCGCAAAGAAAACAUGGUGCUGCACAUACGAGAAGUUGGCGUGCGUGGCCACGCAUCAUCACACCGGGCACCUUGCUGGCGGGCCUCUGUCCCACCACAGGGUGAGGCACAGCAGCCUCGCACGGCCUCUCAAGAAGCCGCACUUCCAUUCCGACGAGCUGAUGCACGCCAAGAUCGGUCACUCCAGCGAGAAGACGUACACCUUUGCUGACUGCCAGAACAAGAACGACCGGCCCAGAGAUGUGGUUUCCUGGUGCUGCAGCAAUCUGGGCCUGUGCUACUUGAAGAUUUCCUUCAACUGCAAGGUGGGAGUGCAUUCCUGGCACACCUGGUCCGAUCAGAAGCAGGCGAUGUGUUGUGGCAAGAAGGUCACCUGUCCCGCCUAUGGCUACGGACACCACAGCGCAGGCCGAUUUGGGGCCAGCGGCAUGCAUGGCCACAUGGAGCACUUCAGAGAACAAUCCGGCUCCCAUGCAGUUUGGUUCCACGACCGCGACGUGGAGAACGUGCACAUUGGCGCCAGCCCGGACUCCGGCACGAAGUGUGUUACUCCAUCCAAGCCGGUCAGCUGUCCCAUCGAUGCAGGAAAUCGCCGGGAGGAUAAUUUUCCAGACAGGUUCAAGGUCUACCGCAAGGGAGGCCAACUCUGCGUGGAACGCCUGGACUACAAGCACCUCUGGGGGCUGGACCUGGUGCUGAAGUGCAUCAAGGCCGAUUCCCAGCGCUUUCAGCAGGUGUACAUCGGCAGCAGCCCUACCUCGAGGAAGUGCGUCCCACAGACCUCUCCUGUCACGUGCGAAGAUGACGCAGCGCAGGCGGGAAGGACCGAUCCUCAUCCCGACACGUUCCGGGUCUACCACUCCAGUGGGCAAAUUUGUGCGAAGAGGACCGAUGCUCAUUCCCACUGGGGCGUGAAUCUCGUCACGUGCCGAGUUGCUGAAGUGCUGAGUCCUGUCCUGGGUGGCAAGCUUGCUGGGGAAGGGUACCAGGAGAAUGCCGAAGAAGUCGCAAAGUUGCAGCAUUUGUUCUUGACUGGAGAAGCAGGAUCUGGAAAGUCGUACCUGCUGCAGCAUCUGAAAGAGAAUCUACGGGACGGUCGCAUCGCAUUGGCCGCACCAACGUGGAAAGCCGCAUCCAGAAUCUUCGGCACUUCUGUACAUUGGUUCGCUGGGGUGAAUGUUGGAAAGCUUGAGGUAUCAGCUGGAGAGGCUCGGAAGUUCAUCGAGAGUCGAGAAGAUUCAAAGUCCGUCCUUGAUAGGCUUCGCGAGACGAAGGUUCUGAUUCUUGAUGAGGUUUCGAUGCUCUGUCCUAGCGUGCUUGAUAAUCUUGAGCAGCUCUGCCGUAUGGUACGCGAAUCAGAGGCACUUUUCGGGGGGAUCCGCUGCAUCUUCUCGGGUGACUUCAUGCAAAUCCCUCCAGUUGAAAGCAAAAUGCUGGCGUUCGAGGCUCGAUGCUGGAAGGCCUUGUUUGCAGAGCCGCAGCAACAGCAGACUUUGCGCAAACAACAUCGGCAAAGUGAGGAUCCCGAGUUCCACGAUUUCCUCAAGAGACUGCGGUAUGGCUACCUGAAGGAAACAGACAUAGGCCUCCUGCUUGCUGCAGCACGCCGCGAAGGAACAUCUGAGUGGCCAUCAAUGUAUGCCCACAAUAAAGAGGUGGAUAGCGUGAAUGCGUCGAGGUUGCGGAGCCUGGAAGGAGAGGCGGUCUCAUUUGAUGCAGAGGAUUUCUUCCAUCCGGACGUGACUGUCCAGAGCAGGCAGGAGUUGGAAGUUGGCCUGGAUGAGCAGUGCCCCAGACAGCUGGUACUCAAGGUCGGGGCGCCAGUGCGCCUCACACAUGUGCAGAACAGCCACGCAAUUCACCGAGGAAUGCAGGGCCGUGUGAUCGAUUUCGAUGACGAUGGGCCUGUUGUGCAGCUGGACGGCGACGGUGGCACACUAACGGUAACGCGAUGUAUCGGUGCUUACAUCCAAUCAGAGGCCGGCGGACCAUGCCUUGCAAGGAGGAAGCAAGUCCCUUUGGCCCUCGCGUGGGCCACCACCCUACACAAAGCGCAAGGGAUGACGCUCGCGCAGGCGGCGGCGCAUGUGAGCAAAGUUUUCCAAAAGAAUAUGGGCUACGUAGCUUUGAGCCGGGUCUCGACUCACAACGGCUUGAAGUUGAUUGACCGAUUGGACAGCAUGAAAUCCAUGCAGUUGCGGAAUUGGAUCGGCCGGAAAUUGUGCCAAGCUUGCCCAACGGCUUCGGCAUUCCACCUGGCCAUGCUGGAUGAGCAGGAGAAGCGCCGCAUCCAGCAGGGACGGAGAGAGUUCCGGGAACUGCUGGAGAAUGAUAGCUUGUGGAAAAGAGCUUUGCAUAAUGCCGGCUUCGUCGAAGGGCCUGGCUACAAUUAUGCAGACCUACGCCCUGAUUGGGCUGUCCAUCAAUACGGCGAUAAGUGCUUCAGAUGCGGCCAGACCGGCCAUUGGCAGGCGGACUGUCUGGAGUGA